UAGAUUUCUUAUGAUCUGUUUCAUAUUUAUUUAUUUAUUUUGUUAUAUUUAUGUGUCAUACAUUCUAUUAUCGAAGAAGGUUCUCAAUUAGAUGAUGUUAGAUCGCUGUAGAUAAUAAAAAAGCAUGGAAAUGAUAUUCGCUUUUAUAUACAUUUAGGUUAUACAGUUAAUGCUUGGUAUGUGCUUCACGCUGAACCUGACUAGAUAUGGCCAAGGAUUGGGUAAAGUGGCACUCUCUCCUCUGAUACAAUAUUAGAGGCCAAGACACAAUUUGGGUCGCAGAGGCAACGGAGCAGGCUCUCGUGUUUCCGCUAAUUAAGAUUACUAUAAUUAACACUCAGGCGAUCUGGUGUUAAUUGGGAGCCGCUAUUUAUAAAGGAUACAAUAACGAUGUCCAAUAGUUAUCGUGUUGCAUUUCUUGGAGAAAAUGGAGAGGCUUAUCCUGAUAUUAUUGCUCGCGCCAUGGUUAGCAGUUGCGGCUGGCUUAGAAAAUGUUAACGAAACGGACUUGGCAGACAACUCAACGGAUCCUAAUAAAGACAUGUACGUUAUACACGCAAUGGUAUACCAAGUGGGCAUAGUAACAAAUAGGACUGAUAAUGAAACAGCCAACUUAAACAGCACGGGCAACCAAGAAGCCGUAACGUUUUAUAACACUAACGGCUCACAUGUCGAUUUGAGUAAGAUAGCAAACCCUCUGCUAACUAACGUGACAGCCCAGAGUAUGGUCGGGGUGGCGCCGGUACCGGCUGCAGAGGCUGGCCCCAGUCAGCUGCCUUGGGGUACUCUGAACCAUCUGGCCAAUAUAGCCCCUUCGACGGCCUCCAAAGACUCAAGUCAAAUAAAAGCAGCGAAGAGGUCUAUUAAAAGCGUCGACGUCUUAGCGCCAGAGAUGUUGAAUACUUUCUAUAGGAGUUUAUUCAAAAGGGAUGCUCCGGGCACGCCGGUCGCGGUGCACAGCGGUGCCGCGCUGAUCCCCGCGGAUGCCGGCGUGCAGUCCCUCGCCCUGCCGCCCCUCCUGUCACUCAACCGUAACAUGUCAGACAUCCCCGUACCCAUACCCAACACAUCAGUCGUGCAUUACGCUAAAAUUAACACACUUGUGUCCAAAACCUAGAUGAUUAUGAUGAGUCGAUAAAUAUUUAUACUUUUAAUU